UCCCUCGUCGGUGCUCGCGGUCACCAGGCCGGUGCCGCAUCCUCACCAACCGCUUCGUCCCCAGCGCGCGCGUCGGCAAUUCGCGACAGAACAAGGAAGGGAGGAUGUCUUCGUGGGAGGACGAGGAGUCCGCGUCGGCGGCGGCGACCACGGACGUGGAGCUGCUGAAGCGGGCCUGGCGCAACGAGAAGGCCGCACCGGAGAUCCUCCACUUCGACUCCGCCCUCGUCUCCCGCGCCCGCGAGCAGAUCCAGCUCCUCGAGGAGACGCUCGACGACUUCACGGAUAACGGCGUCGACGACCUGGUGGUCUCGCUCUACCAGAUGGACCUCGACCGCUCGCUCUUCCUGCUCCGCUCCUACCUCCGCCUCCGCUUGCAGAAGAUUGAGAAGUACAUGACCUACAUCUCCAAGUCUGACGACCUAUUGAGCCGGCUGUCCCAGCAGGAGCAGCGAUUCGCCAAGAGCUGCAAGGAGAACAUGGAGAAGCAUCUCGAGCAGUCGGUGCUGUCAAAGCUUCCCUAUGGUUAUGACUCGGUAACUAGGCAAUCCUUAUCGAGCACGGAGGAUGACAUGGUUCCAGAGCCUCAGCUUGACACCUUUGUCUUCUGCAAGACCAAGAGUGACGUAGGAGCAUUUCAGCUAGAUGACAUAGGGGAGGAAGUUGUGGAUUUGGUUGCUGACGACUUGUAUGUCCUUCGGUACAAGUCCAUCAAGGGUCUUGUCGAGGCUGGCAGAAUUGACCUUAUUUGAUGCAAGCAGCAAGGCACUACUGAGGCUCUAAACAGAUCGUCAACCCUCCGUGCAAGAAUAUUCUAAAUUCCUGGUAAGGUAGACAUGAACUGGUUCAGAUGUGUAUUCCGCAAUGAUCAGUUAGGGGACUGGACUAUCUUUUCAUGUAACAAUAUUGUUGUAUUUUAAAAAGUAAUGUCAACUCUUGUUCUUCAAGAAUGAAGAUAAUUAUUCUUCUUGGUAAGAAAGAUCAA